AUGGCUUCGAUCACGAAUUCGAAGCAUUCAGAAGUAAACGGCGAUUGUGUUUAUACACCACCCAACAUGCCGUCUAAUAAAGUAACCGUUGUUUUGGGUGCACAGUGGGGUGACGAAGGAAAAGGAAAAGUUGUGGACCUAUUAGCUUUGAAUUCCGAUAUCGUGUGUCGGUGCCAGGGUGGAAACAAUGCUGGACAUACAGUGGUUGUGGAUGGGAAGGAAUUCGACUUUCAUCUACUUCCAAGUGGUAUCAUCAACCAAAAAUGUACUUCGGUCAUUGGCAAUGGUGUCGUGAUCCACCUGCCUGGACUAUUCGAGGAGCUGAAGAAAAACGAGCUGAAGGGGAUGGAAGGUUGGCAGGACCGACUCAUUAUUUCAGAUCGUGCUCACCUGGUUUUCGACGUUCAUCAGCAGGUUGAUGGUCUCCAAGAGGCGGAAAAGGGCAAGAACUCCCUUGGCACAACCAAAAAGGGAAUUGGUCCAACAUACUCCUCAAAGGCCACAAGAAAUGGCAUCAGAAUUGGCGACCUCUUGGGCGAUUUCACAAUGUUUGAGGAAAAAUUCCGAACAUUGGCGGAAACGUACAAACGUAUGUUUCCCUCACUUGAGGUAGAUAUUGAGGGUGAACUGAUCAAGUACAAGGAGUAUGCUGAGAAAAUACGACCCCUGGUGAAAGACACUGUGACUUAUUUACACAAGGAGAUCAGCAGUGGAAGUAAAGUGCUGGUGGAAGGCGCUAAUGCCGCUAUGUUGGAUAUUGAUUUUGGUACAUACCCCUACGUGACGUCAUCGAAUUGCAGUAUUGGAGGUGUUUGUACGGGCCUAGGCCUUCCGCCUAAACUAAUUGGCGAAGUAUUGGGAGUUGUGAAAGCAUACACAACAAGGGUUGGAGAUGGGCCCUUCCCCACAGAGCUGCAUGAUGAAACUGGCAGGUUAUUACAAGAUCGUGGUCAUGAGUACGGUGUGACCACGAAGCGGCUGCGGCGGUGUGGCUGGCUUGACCUCGUCGUGGUCAAAUAUACCGCCACGGUCAAUGGAUAUACCUCAUUGUGCCUAACGAAACUAGACAUACUGGACACGUUGGAGGAAAUCAAAGUGGGCGUGGCUUAUAAACUUAACGGGAAAAAGCUCGACUACUUCCCGUCAUCGAUGCCCGAGCUUAGCUCUGUUGAGGUGGAGUACAUAACAGUACCGGGCUGGAAAUGCAGCACAGCGGCGAUACGGGAGCUCAAACAUUUGCCGGCGCAAGCGCAUCACUACGUCAAUAUAAUACAGGAAUACUUACAGAUACCUGUAAAAUUCAUUGGAGUGGGUCAAGGCAGGGAGUCCGUUAUUAACGUCGCGUAA